GCGGUGUGAAUUGCAGUUUUAUGAUGAGUUUUAGUGAGAGAAAAUCGGCAAUCAGUUGAUCACUCAGACAAUACCCGGGACAAUGACUUCUCGACAGCCGAGAGAUUGAUCUCGUAUUGUGUGGUUUUUUUUUUUUUUUAAUUUUAUUGUGGUGUGGUAACUGAUUGAUAAUGGAGUCUGAGAAGAUGAUUGAGAGGGCACCCAAUUCCGAGGAUUUGGUGCUCCCUAAACCCUCGAACAGCAUUCCGAGACACAGUAUCGAUGCGAUACUUGGGAGAGGACAGAAGGGGAGCCAUCAGGAGAUGGAAGAAUCCAGGGAUAUCCAGUUUCCAGGGAAGGAUACACAAGAGAGCACUGGUGAAAACAGCUGCAAUUCAACGGGUGGUGGUAGUGACGAGGAAUUGAGUGCCAACUGCGACGAUGUGAAUCCAAGCAAGAAAAAACACAGAAGGAACCGCACAACAUUCACGACUUAUCAACUCCAUGAACUCGAACGGGCAUUUGAAAAAUCACAUUAUCCGGAUGUUUAUUCCCGGGAGGAGCUCGCGGUGAAGGUUAAUCUCCCGGAAGUCCGUGUUCAGGUGUGGUUUCAAAAUAGAAGAGCAAAAUGGCGGAGGCAGGAAAAAAUGGAAGCGGCUAGACUGGGAAUUGCUGAUUAUCAUCAUCAUCCCGCUGCUAUUAGAAAUCACGGGGCCCCUACCCUAGGUCUUCCUGGUGACCCCUGGUUGACACCACCGGGUCUCCUGACAGCUCUUCCUGGUUUUCUGGCAGCACCUCACACAGGCUACCCUAGCUACCUAACUUCUCCAAGACGAUUGCCAUCACCACCGAACGUGUCGUCAACCGGAAACGGAAUUCCAGGAUCGUUGAACGGCGGUCUUUCCGGCAUAACUUCCAUCUCCCAUGUGCAGCCAUCACCGAGUCCACCGGGUCAUGAUCCACGGACAACUAGCAUUCAGGCCCUGAGGAUGAGGGCCAAGGAGCACGUGGAGAGCCUCACUAAGGGCCUCCAGAUGGUCUGAAAUACGGAGGAUACCGUUAUCUCGGACACACGGACACAACAAUUUCAUAAUCCAGAUAACAUGUCACAGCUCUUCGGACCUCUGUCCUUGAAAAUUCAGGAGACGUUUCUCCAGUCGAGAGUUGCAAUGUGCAAUAAAGAGAAACGAGAAGAGUUACCUAAGAAGUAGCUCAAAUAAAUGAACUACACUCAAAAAAAAAAUCAGAUUCAUUUUGAGUCGCAACUUGUAAUGAGAGUUUAUAAUUUUUUGUGUUUAUUUCAGGAAAUCCUUGAAAGUGGGUGAUAAAUUUAUAAAUUCCUUCAUUCUUUUGGUGGAAAAAUUUGAUUUAAUUGAAUUUAAUUUAAUAAAAAGCCGUAAUAAAUAAUAAACCCACCAUGAGAGGGCACUAAAUAAACUGACAAUUAAUGAAUAAAUAUUUUUCCAAUGAAAGAACUUUCGGAAGUUCGGAAUUCAAAAAUCUCUGCGGAAAAAAUAUCCAAAGGAACUCGAAAAAAAAUCUAAGUGAAUUGUCUUGAGUGAAGACUUGUGAAAUCUCGGACUAUCAUAUUUUUUUGAGUGUAUUUGAUUUGAUUCUCAUGAAAGACAAUGGAGAAUGUAGACAUCCGCGAUGAGAUUAUAGAUUUGUUGAGUGUGUUGAUUAUUUCACGAUGAUGAAACUGAUAAAAAAUCGAAUCGCUACUAUUAGAGGGUCUAAAUAUUAUAAAUAUAUACAUAUUAUAAAUAUAUAAAUUUAUAUGUAGAUUACAUUGACGUUUGAGCGAAGGGAGUGGAAGACCGAGAGGUUCAGGGGAAUUGAAGAGUUGAAUAAUAAUUGACAACAGUGUGACAAAUUGAGGUGCAUUCACAUAACAAUAUCAUGCAGUAUUAAUAAGUUAUAAGGCGACAAAUGUGAAACGUUGAAAUUCUAGUGUUACGAUUAUUUUUCAUUAUGUUCACUGAGUUGAGGCUAAAUUGAGGACAACCCUUUCAAUUUGUAUCCCAUGUCGCUAUUUCCAACCAAACAUCUAUUUGUAUAUAUUUGCU